AAAACUAACAAUACAAGCUCUUUCAACAAAGGCGAAACAAUGUGCGAUAAUUCAGAAUCUAAAAAUUUGGAUGAAUCAUCUGGUCCUUUUAUCAAAAAAAGCACUGCUUCAAAAAACCUUAGUUUUGAUACUGAAAGUUUGGUAAUUGUGACCGAGCCCAUUAAAUCAUCCACCAAUACUAGAACAUCAGAUAAUAUGGUAUCAGAUGAUCAUAAAAAAAACAAGGAAAAAGUUUUAGAGAUAUUUUCAAAACGUGAAAAUUUAUAUGCUAAUUUGAACAAGGAUAUUAAAAAGGAACAAGAUCUUUUAGAUUGUAUUCCUGGAUUGUAUCUAUUGUUAGAUCUAAAAAAAUACAAAGGAUCAAAUGGUCUUGUUAACAAAAUAAUCAUAUCAAAGGAAUCAUUAGAAAAGCUUUGUAAUGAAUUGGUUCCCAAAAGUUUUAAGUAUGAUUUGCUUGUAUCUUCAAAUAAAACUGAAAGUCCUUCUCUUCAUUCAGGAAUCUAUUUGUUGAUUGUGAAUGCUAAUCUUGGUUUAGUAAUUCAUUGGUCUGAGCCUGGUUGUUAUGAAGAGAAUGCAACUGAUCAUCUUAAAAAAAGUAUGGUUAACUUUCACAG